AUGGAGCUAAAAACAUCAUCCAUCGGGUCAUACUUGCAUCAUAAAUUGGGUGUAAUUGCCAGACCCUUCAGACCUAUUGAAAAUGAAAUUAUUGGGAUCGAUUUGGGUACCACAAACUCAUGCGUUUCAGUCAUGGAGAGAAAGCUCUGUUUCUUGAGUGUAUAUGAUUUUGCUGUGCAUAAAGGAGCUGGAACAUCCAAGAAAAACCGGCCUACUUCUGCUUACCGAGGGCAUGUGAUUAUUCACCGUGGUCGGCAUGGAGCUAGAGCUACUACAGCUGGAAAUAGAGCUGGAGGGAGUGGCUCGCCGGCGAAGCUUGCCUCCAGCUCGCUAAGCAACUCGGCAGGAAAAAAAAAGAGGGGAUUUUUUUUGCGCAUGUGUAAUUCUUCCAGCUGCUAUUUAUGGACCCGAAGAAGAAAGAUACACCAGUCUUUUAAAGCAACCAACUUAUAUCAAACGGGUCAUUAA